CGAACAAAGCGCUUUUCAAAUCAUAAACCAUGGAUGGACUACACCGAUAUAAUACAGUGUUAAUGAAUUAAGAUAAUAACGAGGAAAUUUCACAUUAUAUCAUAUUCAUAGUUCCAGACCUAUAGUAUUACUAAUGAUGAUGCUCAAAGGUUGGGGUUUGUGCCUGCUGUUGAUUGGUGUGACAUCUGGAGGUAAACGGCCACCAUACAAAUAUAUAGGAGACGAUAAUUUUACCAUGGAGGACGAGAAAUAUUGUCCUGAGGCAAUAGACUCCGUCAUCUUCGAUAGAGAGGUAGAAUGGGAUAUAGAAGACAGAGCAAACAAAACGUGUCCUCCAGAGUUCAUGCUGACAAAAUCUUCCAUUCCUGGUGGUGGACAAGGUAUAUUUGCUACUGUUAAUAUACCUGCUGGAGUGUGGUUGGGACCAUAUGAUGGAGAAAGAGUCUACCAAUAUAGAAAGGUUCGCUUGGAUGCUGAAUAUGCAUUUAAGGUGAAAGUGAAUAGUCAUGUUUACAUGUACAUUGAUGCCUGGAAUCCAAGAACUUCCAAUUGGAUAAGAUACAUCAACGCUGCAUUGGAUAUGGUACAACAAAAUGUAGAAUUCUUACAAUGCUAUGACAAGAUUUACUAUCACACCAUUAAGCCAAUCCCUGCUGGUACUGAGGUGUUAGUCUUCUAUGGACAUGGCUAUGUAUUUGCUAAUCAUAAGAUAGAUAUGUACUCCUACUGCAAGUGGUACAAUGGGACAUUCUACCAAUCAAUAGACUCAAACUUUAUAUGUGAUAGGAUAAAAACAAAGAGACAACUAACAUGUGAUAUACCAUUAUAAAUCUAGGAAAUCAUAAUUAGGUCUGAAUAGUGCCAUACUGAGUCUACACAGACAACAUGUGAUAUACCAUUAUAAAUCUAGGAAAUCAUAAUUAGAUCUGAAUAGUGCCAUACUGAGUCUACACAGACAACAUGUGAUAUACCACUAUAAAUCUAGAAAAUCUGUUUUUUACAAGUUUAGUUUCUGUAUGUGUUAUAAUCACCAAAAUUCAGUGCAUACCUGUAGUGUGUACUAUUUUUGCGUAUUUUUGGUAUAGCUGUAGUAUUUGUGAGUAUAGUAUUUUAUUGUGAGUGUUCAGUCAGCACAAUUAUGUGCAUUUUCAGCAAAAUAAGGUAAAAAAUUAAAAAUUUGAUUAGAACUGUCUUUUGCACUGUGUAUAUUGCAGAAUUGAAAUUAAGGUAUUUUCAAAUAGGUGGCACUGAUUCUGCCUAUUGAAUAUACAAAUCUUAUGUGACGUUUAUCAGCAUGUUUGUUUUAAAUAGUAGUACUAAUAUAAGACUAACUGCCACACAUUAUUAUGCAAUGCAAUAAAGUGCAGUAAAACAAAGUCUCAAUUUUACAAUUUUUAUCA